GCGGCCACAGGCGGCGAUCGGAGCCAUGGCGGAGCUGCCGCUGCCCGCCGGGCUCAGCGCCAGCGCCUUCCCCGCCAAGCUGUGGCGCCUGGUGAACAGCCCCCGCGUCCGCUCCGUGCGCUGGGACAGCCGCGCCCAGGGGCUGCUCGUCGACCGCUCGCUCUUCGAGCGGGAGCUGCUCAGCCCGGGCGACGCCCACGGGGGCGGCGAGGGGGUGGGGCCGACGCCGGACUCCUUCCAAGCCACGCACUUCGGUAGUUUCGUGCGGCAGCUCAACCUCUACGGCUUCCACAAGGUGCCGAGCCGGGUUGGCUCAUCUGAGCCCGGCGAUGCCGGGGGCUGGCUCCACUUCAGGAACCCCAACUUUCGCCGCGACCGCCCCGACCUCCUGCUCCAUAUCAAGCGCCUGACCAGGGCCAACAGGCAGCGGCUGGCAGCGGGGCUGGAGGUGCGCAGCCGCCAGCCCAGCCGCUUCCAGCAGCUCCGCACGGAGCGGCCGCUGGCGUCCUUCCCCGCCGGGCAGCCGCCCAGAGCCGUGCUCUCAUACCAGGACCUCACUGCUGCCUCACCUGAGGGUUUACAGCUGCCUCCAGGCCCUUCCAGGCUAAGCGCAGGUGCUCAGGAGUCUGACCUUUUCCUGACAUCUCCCAAGAAAGUCUUUGCCUCAUCUGGAUUUCUUGGGGUUUCAUCAGAGGAACCAGGCACCAGCAAAUUUCAUCUCAAGCGUGAGCUCAUCAUUCCGCUGGUUCCCAUAGACUGCAGAUGCCGCCCUGAGCUCACGGUUUCUCUGCGUCCCAUAGACCAUCACAGCCCUUCCAUGGCCUCUCCAGAGGGAAGCAGCUGCACAUCUUCAGAGCAGUAUUUGCCAGCCUGCAGUUCAUCAGCCACCCCAGGCACUUCAGGCCCCAGCGCUCCAGCUGGCAGUGCUGGUUUUGCACCAUGGACAGCCCCCAGCUGGCUGUGGAAUACUCCUGGGGAAGAGGAAUUGCCACCACCAGAUCUGGACAUGGUGCUUGAGACGCUGGAGGAGAUGUUUUCUCCCUCUGCUCAGGGGAAUAUUAAUGUUGCCCCAGAGUCUUCAGGAGGGCAGCCUGUGGACAGAGCUGAAGCAGAAGGAGCUUUGCCUGGCACCAGGAGGUGCGGGAACAAUUCCCAGGAGCCCGAAGAGCUUGGUAAGGACAGAGUCCCCCUUGGUUUAGAGAGGUGUGAGAUGGCUGCUGCGAGCCUGCCUCUGGCAGCAAGGGAGAUGAGCAGAGUUGAGCUCCUGUCUGCAGGGCUGGUGCUUCCUGGUGCCUUUAGUUCAAAUCCUGCACUGGCACAAUCUCCCCGAGCCCUGCCCUCCACGCUUCUCCAGAGGCUCUGACACUGAGUCCUCUGCUGUGGCAAGGGAGGAGGGAAUAAAGCUGACCUUGUGGAGUUGUGUCACCAACUCGGGUGUCCCAGUUUUGUGCUGAUGUCCGUGGAUAAAUUUGCUGUAGGGUGUCAGUGCUCUGGAGGCAACACUGAGUGACUCUUGAAGGGAGAGAAAAAAACCACAAGAAAAGGUCAGUGUAGAAGUCUGAGCUGUUUGUCUCCAAGCAUUAAAUCAAUGUUGUACCAGUCUGCUGGUAGGUGUAGUGAGAUACAUUAAAAAUACAAGCAGCAGAAGCUCUGAGGCCAAGCAAAUCAUCAGUCACAAAUCCAGUAGCUCAAGGAAAACCUGAAAUUACCCCAAAUUAGUGAGAACUAAAGGAGAGAUAGAGCACUUUGGAUCUGCAUGCUUGAGCAAAGCUGCUGCAGCCUGCAGGCCUGCUAGGAAGUUCUUUCCCUCCCAGCUGUUCAUCCCAGAGCUGGUGGUUGUUUUGGAGGAGCUGUUGCUCACUGCAGAGGGCAGGUUGCAGACGGCAGGGAACGGUGCUGAUUCAUAGCUCAGCUUCCAGCAGCCCUGAGCUUCAGCCAUUUCAGUGGGGACUGAGGUCUCUCUGUCAGCACAGAGAAAGAACAAAGCUGGGCUUCUUUGUGGCAGCUGGGGCUGCCUGUGUUUCCAGCUCUCAUGGGUGCCCUUUGCACUGCAAGGGUUUUGACUUAAUUGGGAUUCUUCAAAACUUCAGAAAUUUUCAAUGCUUGGAUGGAUUCUGACUCUUUAAAGAGCAGGCUUCAAAUUGCCAAGUGAGACUCUGCCUUUCAGGCCAUCUUUUACGGUCUUUGACACAAGGACAGUGACUUCCAAGAGGAAAGAUG